UGUGUCAGAGCAAAGCUCAAGUACCUGAAAAUCCCCCCUCAUGACUUUCAAUCUCGCUGCUGAAAUUCACAGCAGGGCGUCCGUAGGCUUUCGGGGAGGACAGCAUAAAGGAAGUCCAAUGAGCUCCAAUGAGGUCACAUGACUUCAUGUUGGGCUAUAAAGGAAGUCCAAUGAGCUCCAAUGAGGUCACAUGACUUUAUGUUGGGAUAGAGGAACUCCAAUAACACAAAUCAAAGACGCAAAUCACAGAUUGUAUACCUUGAUUUGAAAGUGAUACUAACCUCUAACAAUAUCACGUAUAAUGCUAACAAAAAACACAAAACUAUGUUGUUAAAACUGGGAUGUGGGUAGAAAUGUGAACAGAAUCUCUCGCAAAACAAAUUGGACGAACUGGUCCUUUAAAACCUGCCACAUGCCUGUAAGGAGGAAGUGAGGGCAAAUCCGCCCGCGUACUGUACGACAUUACGGAAGAGCUGUCAACUUCACAACAAGUGGAGACGAGGAGGGGGACGUCAUGGCCCAGGCGAACAUCUCGGUGACGGAGAACCAGUUCAGGUGUCCCGUGUGCCUGGACCUCCUGAAGGACCCGGUGUCGACCCCCUGCGGACACACCUACUGCAUGGCGUGCAUCAACAGCUACUGGGACCGGGCGGACAGGGCCCACUUCAGCUGCCCGCAGUGCCGGGAGGCGUUCAGCCCGCGGCCGGUGCUGCGGAGGAACGCGGUGCUCGCCGAGGUCGUCGGCGAACUCCAGCUGAGCGAAGCGCGCCGCGCGCCGCAGCGCCACCUCGGGGGGGUCGGCGAGGUGCCGUGCGACUUCUGCGCGGCGGGGAGCCGGCUGCGCGCCAUCAAGUCGUGCCUGGUCUGCCUCACCUCCUUCUGCGAGCUCCACGUCCUGCCGCACCGGGAGGUGGGCACGCUGCGGCGGCACAGGCUGGUGCCCGCGGUGGAGACCCCGGCGGAGCGGCUGUGCGCGCAGCAUCGCCUGGGGCUGGAGCCCGCGGGCGGGGCCGGCUCCGAGGGGGAGUGGAGCGGGGACUGCCUGCUGUGCGAGGCGGACCGGGAGGAGGCGCGCACCGUGGACGGCCAGAGAGCCAAGAGACAGCUGCAGCUCCAGGAGUCCCAGAGGAGGCUUCAAGGGAGGACGCGGAGCGGAGUGAGAGAGCUGGAGGAGUUUCAACGAAGCCUGGAGUCCCUCAAGGCGUCGGCGUCGGCCGCGUUGGAGGACAGCGACGCUCUGUUUGCAGACCUGGCCCUCCGUCUGGAGAAGACCAAGGCAGAGGUCCGAGCGCUGCUGGAGGCCAAGGCGUGCGCGGUGGUCGGGAGGGCCGAGCGGGACGUGGAGGCGCUGGAGGAGGAGCUGGAGGAGCUGAGGAGGAGAGACGAGGAGAUCAGCCAGCUCCUGCUGAGCGAGGACGACGCCCACUUCCUGCAGGCGGCCCCCCCGCUGUGCGGCCCCCUCGCCGCCGGGCGCCACUCCACAGACCUGCGCCGGCCCGCGGAGGCGUUCGGCGGCGCCAGGACGGCGCUGUGCCACCUGCGCAGCCGCGUGGAGGAAGUCUGCAGGGACGAGGCGGACAAGAUCAGCCGCGCCGUCAAUGAAAACUACGUGUUGGGUGGAGAGUGUGUGACGGGUGGCAGAUAUUUCAGUGCAGAGAACUCCAAACCGGCCCAAACCCAACCGAGCCUCGGUGCAGGGCAGCACACCCCAGGGGCGUCCUUCGCUCUGUCCUCGUUGUCUCUGCAGCCGGCCGACCAGAGGAUGAGGGCGGCUUUCCUCAGGGUUUCAUGCGGCCUCUCCCUGGACCCCGACACGGCCCACCCCACCCUGGUUCUCCUCGAGGGGCCCCAGGGGGCCCGCUGCGGCGCCGAGCCCCAGUCCUACCCCCCCGCCCCGCAGCGCUUCGACUCGGUGGCCCAGGUCCUGUGCCGCGAGGGCCAGUCGGGCGGCGCCAGCUACUGGGAGGUGGAGUGGCGCGGCGGCGGCGGCUGGGUGGACGUCGGCGUCACGUACCGAGGCAUCGGCCGCAAAGGCGGCGGCAAGCCGUGCCUGCUGGGCCGCAACCGCGACUCGUGGCGGCUGAGGUGCACGCGCGCCGGGUACGCCGCCUGGCACGCCGACCGCAAGACCACGGUGGCGGCGCCGCCCUGCCCGCGGGUCGGCGUGCUCCUGGAGCGGCAGAAGGGGGCGCUGUCCUUCUACAGCGUGUCGGACGCCGUUGUGCUGCUGCACACCUUCCGCUGCGCCUUCUCGCAGCCGCUGUACCCGGCCUUCCGCCUGGACCUGGACGCCACGCUGCUCCUGUGCCCCGCCGCCGCGGACCGAGGGAGCCCGGGGGGGUCGGGGGGAUCAGGGGGGUCGGGGGGGCAGCGUUCAUGUGACUAGGAAUGAAUGUGUGAGAAGGAAGCGUCUGAAGAAUGUUCCCUCAACUCGUCCUGAACACUAAGAUGAAUCGAUGCUGUAUUUUUAUGUGCCUGCUGAACACAGCUGUGGAGAAACAUUAAGAAGAAAAAAUGGUUCAUGGUUUAAGAACUGAUUCAAUUAUUAUUCGUCGAGAUGCCUUCACUUCGGCUCGCAAUAAACUGGUCCAAAGGUG